AUGACAAGAGUGGGUGUCGCAGCUGAGAAUGAAUCGCCGUCAGAAUCCUCGUAUAGCGAAAAUGACGAGAAGCUUCAAAUGGACUGGUAUCCGUUUACGAAUGAAGAAAAGCAAAUCUUACUCGAUUCAUGGAAAUAUCUCGAACCGUUGAAGCAAUCUAUAGGAUGUGACAUAUACGAGAUGAUUUUUAAUCAGUGCCCAGAGGCGCGGAAAUUAUUUCCAAAAAUGAAAUUUGUUCACUCGAAACCGGACAAGAAAAGCUGUGAAUUUGCUUUUCAGGCUCUUCGAUUCAUACAGGUUAUAGAAGGGGCCGUGAUGUCAAUGGAUAAUUUAUCAGCAUUAGAUCCAAUUUUGGACAAUCUAGGAAGACGACAUGGUAAACUGGAAGUGAACGGAAAGUUCCGAACGUACUAUUGGUCCACGUUUUUGGAAUGCUCCAUAUGCAUUUUUCGAAAAACCCUAACGAACUGUCGUAAAUAUCCUGAAAAGGAUAUUGAUAAGGCAAUCAUUUUGUGGAGAUAUUUGCUGCGGGACGUUAUGAAGAAGAUCAAGAUUGGUUAUAACGCAGAUAUCAGUAAUCGCAUGAACGCUUUGUCUCUGGAUGAUCGCAGUUAUACGUUAACGUCAAAUCGUAAGGAGUCCUACCCAUCAGAUUCAAAUAGGACGAACGACUUUGAUGACAUCUUGUGA